AAUUCGGCGGAUAAAAGUAGAUUCUGAAAUUAGGGGGGAGAUAUAUGUUCGAAGCUAGGGCUAUCAAAUUGCACACAAGAUAAAUUACAUAUCUGAAGUGUCCAAGCAGAAUUGAAGCCUGAAGCUAUUUGAUUGCAUCAUAACAUCUCAAUUAGAUUGGAAGCUCUGCUGAUUACAUCUAUCUAGAGCAAUGGGGAAGAAACAACACAGCAAAGAUCGCAUGUACUUAACCAAGACGGAGUGGGCCACUGAAUGGGGCGGUGCUAAAUCCAAAGAACUCCGCACUCCUUUCAAACGCCUCCCCUUCUAUUGUUGCGCUCUCACCUUUACACCGUUCGAGGAUCCAGUGUGCACGGCUGAUGGCAGUGUUUUUGAUAUCAUGCACAUACGCCCCUAUAUCAGGAAGUACGGGAAGCAUCCUGUUACUGGUGCGCCGCUUAAAAAUGAGGACCUUAUUACACUUAAUUUCCAUAAGAAUUCCGAUGGCGAGUUUCAUUGCCCAGUUUUGGACAAGGUUUUUACAGAAUUUACACACAUAGUUGCAAUAAAGACAACGGGAAACGUGUUUUGCUAUGAGGCCAUCAAAGAAUUGAAUCUAAAAACUAAGAACUGGAAGGAGCUUCUCACCGAUGAACCUUUUAAGAGAGAAGAUAUUAUAACAAUUCAGAAUCCGAAUGCAAUUGACAGCAAAGUUCUCUUGGAUUUUGAUCACAUAAAGAAAAGUUUGAAGGUCGACGAUGAAGAAAUAAAGAAGAUGGAGUCAGAUCCAACAUAUAACAUUAAUGCGACCGGAGAUAUUAAGCAGAUGCUUAAGGAGCUUGGAACUGACAAUGGAAAGAAACUUUCAUUACAUGGUGGGGGUGGGGAAAAGGCUCAAAAUGAAAGGGCUGCUGCUCUUGAAUCCAUUCUAGCUGCUAGAUCACGUAUCAAGGACGACUCAGGAUCAAAAAAAAGUGGCGAGUUCAAGGUCCAAACAGGUUACAGUAUUGUAGAUGCUGCAUCUGCUUCUGUACAUGGAAGAAGUGCAGCUGCUGCAAAAGCUGCUCCAAGUGAUAAAACUGCUGCUCGGAUUGCUAUGCACAAGGCUGGUGAUAGAACUCCUGUUAAUGCAAAGCUGGUGAAGAGCAGUUAUACUACUGGUGCUGCUUCAAGAUCCUUCACAUCCACUUCUUAUGAUCCUGUCACAGUAAAUGAAUAUGAAUAUGUUAAUGUUGAAAAGAACCCUAAGAAGAAAGGUUAUGUUCAAUUGCAUACGACACAUGGUGAUUUGAACAUUGAGCUUCACUGUGAUAUAACUCCCAGGGCAUGUGAGAACUUCAUAACAUUAUGUGAGAGAGGCUAUUAUGAUGGCGUGUCUUUUCACAGGAGUAUAAGGAACUUUAUGAUCCAAGGCGGUGAUCCUACUGGCACUGGAAAAGGAGGAGAAUCUAUAUGGGGAAAGCCCUUUAAAGAUGAAGUAAACUCCAAGUUGCUUCACUCUGGAAGAGGCGUUGUUAGCAUGGCAAACAGUGGUCCACAUACAAAUGGUUCACAAUUUUUCAUCUUGUACAAGUCUGCCACUCAUCUGAACUACAAACAUACAGUUUUCGGUGGAGUUGUAGGAGGCUUAACAACUCUAUCGACUAUGGAGAAGGUUCCUGUUGAUGACGACGAUCGUCCUUUGGAAGAAAUCAAGAUAAAUAGUGUCACGGUGUUUGUUAAUCCAUAUGCCGAACUUGAUGAAGAAGAGGAAAAGAAGGCUAUUGAGGAAAAAGAAAAAGAAGCAGAGGAUGAAGAUAAAGAUAAGCUUGGGUCAUGGUUUAGCAAUCCAGGCACGGGAACAACUGAAACUGGAGUUGGUGGAGGUGGUGUUGGUAAAUACUUGAAGACACGUGAUCCUCCGGCUAAAUCUAAACCCCCUAUUGACACUGAUCUAGAUACAGUUUCUGUAACAAAGAAAAGAAAAUUGGGUGUUAAAGGUAACGAACUAAAAGACUUCUCUGCAUGGUAGGUUUUCUUUGGAUGUGACAAUCGUUCACGUCUGGUGGGGAAUGUUGUGUGCACACCUCAAGACAGUCCACUAACUUGUACAUCUGGGGAUUUCUGUAGCCUAUUUACUAUAAAAUUUUGUUUUAAAGGCGUUUAUGAUAAUCUGGGCAAGUGUUCAGAAAUCAUGUACCACAACAAAUUUGUUCGUCCAACCAAAAACCUGAUGAUUCAUGGUCUUUCUUGUUGUAUAUUAUGCCGGAGGAAUGAAAUAACAUUGGUUUGAGGCUUUUAGCAACAA